AUGCAGGUGGUGGUGAACUUGGCGUUGGUUAUCUAUCACGCGCUGGACUACACGCAUGCUGAAGAUGAGGAGAGGCUCAUCUCGCCUGACCUUGAAGGCCUCAUUACCGAGAUGACAGCGUGUGACGUCCCAGAUGACGAGGAGGAGUGCGGCGUCAUGUCCGAGGGCUCGGAGACGUCGGAGUGCGGGCGCGCCGACACCGACGACGAGGGCAUCGAGAGGGACGCGGAGCCGGCGCCGCGAAGGCGCGCGCGCCGCAGGCGGUUCAUGCUCAAGGACGUGGUCGAGCGCUGCGUGUGGCACUGCGGGGGCGGCGGGCGGUGCGCGCGUGACGCUGCCGCCGCCCACUACAGGGCGGUGUGCCGCGCGCUGGUGGCCGAGGCGCUCGAGCUGGCCUCCUUCCUCGCCCGCGUGAGGGUCGGCGGUGCAAGGGACCUCGGCGCCGCUGAGGACUCGGCCACGCACCUCGACACGCUGCAGUUCUCCGAUUGGGCGCGUUUUUGGAUGCAAGUCAUUGGAGAGUUGCGGAUGGGGGUGAAAUUGAAGAAGGUGAACUACUCUAGAACCCCCAUCGAGUACGAGCUAACGCCCUACGAAAUUCUAAUGGAUGACAUCAGGUCAAGAAGAUAUACGUUAAGGAAAGUGGACGGAGCAAUACCUCAAAGUGUGAAAAAAGACGCGCAUGCCAUGAUUCUCGAAUUUAUAAGAAGUAGGCCGCCACUCAAAAAGGCCUCAGAACGCAAGUUGCCGCCGCCGCGACGCGAGACCACUCCUCGGGAGCAGCUACUUGCCUCCAUCCAGAGAGGGCGCCCGCUGCGCCCCACGCCAUAUUCGCGGCGAUACUCGACGACCGGAGCUGUCACUGGGGUGGGCGGCGGUGAGAUCCGUCGCGGCGGUGACGUCACGCCGCACGCACCCCCACAGCGUAGGCUCAUCAAAGUCGACUUUGACAAUCUUGAAGACGAUGAAGACGAGGACGAGACCGACACGUGUAUCAGCCCGGAAACCUGUGUGCCGCAACCCUUGCCGAGGCACAUGGCUCCGCAGCAGCCCGCUCCCAAACCUUGGAAGAGAACUGCAUACGACCUGGCAACACAAUGUCCAUCGCGGCGCGCGUCCAUGCGCCGUCACACUGUCACGCACGCCUGCCCGCCCACCGACGGGGCGCAAUCAUUGCCCCAUUCCAGGCCAGGUUCCCGUGCAUCGUUUACUGGCGCCGCUUCCCUCGCGAGCAGCGAUUUGGACGCGCAGCUGGGCGAGUUGUCCUGGUCUCGCUCCUCCCUACAGGACGAGCUUAUCAAGUCGGUUAGUUGCAGCCCUAAUAGCUCGCAUAAACAAUGGCAUGACGCGAUCAUGUCGGACGACCGUCUCUCUCUGACGCUGGAGGAGAUAGUUCACAUCAGAUCUGUGCUGACGAAGGCAGAGCUGGAGGUUUUGCCCGUUGAGGGCAGGGUCAAAGAGGACGUUGAAAAGAGAAGGGUAUGCUUCCUGUGUUUGAAAACGAGAUUUGGUAUUUUCGGUCCAUGGGGGCAAAAAUGCAAACUUUGUAAAAAGACUGUCUGUCAAAAGUGCUGUUCGAAGAUGCGUAUACCGACGGAGCACUUCGCGCACGUGCCAGUUGUUCUACUGAGCCCGUCACUCCUGCCGUCGCCAGAAGACGAGGCGCAGUCUUCGUUCCCGCGCAGCCUCAUGUCAAGGCUGGUCUCGCCUGAACACACCGUGGUGGACAACAGCGUGGGCAGCGCGCCGAGCAGCCCGGUGGCGCGGCGCGCGGGCUGCCCCCAGUCGGCGCCCGGCUCGCGCGGCGGCUCCGCGCUGGGCUUCGCCGAGCUGAGCGCGCCCCCCGCCGCGAUGACGCGCAGCGUCGACGGCCCCGGCAGCAUGCCGUGCGUCGUCGCCACCGCGCCCGACCGGAGGGCGCGGUACGGGCGCGGGGGGGCGGGCGCGUCGGCGGCGGAGCGGCUGCGCGGCGUGCAGAUGGCGGUGUGCCACGACUGCAAGGCGAUGGUGCUGCAGAUCAUCAAGUCCUCGCGCGCCUCGCGCUCGGCGUCCCGCGACAGGGCGCUGCGCCACCUCACGCUCGACCUGGCGCCGGUCUACACCGCCAACUGU